AUGGCGGUGCCUUUGGUGCUGCCUGCCCCGGCGGCGCUUGAGCCAUUGCGGUGCCCCCACGGUUCGGGCGACCAUUGGCCGGGCAGCGGGCUCUUCUGGCGCCAGAUCCUGGCCGCGUCCAUGGAAGGCAUGGAGCACGCGCGACAAGGAAGCCUUCCAGCGGCCAAAGCCGUGCUGGCGGACGCCUUGCAAGCUGCCACUGGCCUGGAGCCCAACCCCCGGCGCGGCUUCAGCUGCUCCCUAGGCGUGGCGGCGUUGUACCGGAUCUUGGCGCUGGUAUGCCUGGAGGCGGAUGGUCCGGAGAUGUUGGGUCACCAGGCCGCUUUGCGGUUUCAGCACCUGGCCACCGUCUGGGUGACCCACGUUUGGGAGAAGUUCGCACGGCGAGAGGAGGGCGGAGGCCCCGGAGAGGGCUGGGCCUGGUACGACCGCUCCUACAUCGACGACUCGGCGUGGCCCAUCGGCCUCCGCGAGCUGAACGUGGAGAUGCACGCAGUGCAGACCGCGCUGGCGAAAGCUGGCCUGCCAAAGACGCAGCCAGGGGCCAAAGCGAACCGGGUUCCCUGCUUUAGAGAUAGCAAGAUGUCCAUCGGCAUUGCGAGCCUUUGCGCCUACCCGCCUGACAAUCCUUUGCCCCGGUACGCUGCCUCCAACCACCGCGCCUAUGCGGCGCGGCACGGGUAUCGCUAUCGCCUGGAGCUGACGCAGCUGGCGCCGGAGCGCCCGGCGGCCUGGGGCAAGGUGAAGCACAUGCAGCGGGUGCUCGAGGAGCCUGGGGUGGACUGGUGGCUGUGGUUCGACUGCGACACCUUCUUCAUGAACAUGAGCGUGACUUUGGAUUCACUGCUCUGCCGCUACGCGGGGGACACGAACUGCCAGCUGGAUGAUGUUCAUAUGCUUGCCGCAGAGGACGCGGCGAUGCUCAACACCGGCGCUUUUCUGCUGCGGAGCAGUGACUGGAGCCGAGGCUUCCUGCAACGCGUCUGGGGCGCCGAGGACUCGGUGUGGAUUUCGCAUCCAUGGUGGGAGAACGCAGCGAUCAUUUGGGACCUCCUGCGCACGACCUCUGAGCGGGCACGCCACGGCAACAACUUCGAGGUCUAUCCCAAGGAGGUGCGGAUCCUGCCACAGUUCGAGCUGAACUCCUACCACCCUGCCACCGCUCAGUUUGAGCCUCAAUGA